AUGCCGCCUCCUAUCACUUUCCUCGCCUUCCCACCUCUCCUCGCGCUGUACCCGUUGUCCUACGUGGUCUGGCUCGUCCGCACCUUGGCCCUUCCCAUCCGUGUCAAGACUCCCAAGCUUCUCAGUAAUGGCACACUGGUCGACCCCACUGCAACGGACCCACCGCUUGUCAAGCAUGUCGGCAGCGACCAGCUGCCCUUUUCCGAGGACGUGAUUGUGUGGCAGGCCCACCGUCUUGCCAUCUUCAGUUCUGACCCGGGUAGACCAUUCUACAAUCCGUUCACCAACGAGGGAGACGCAGCAACGGCGCCGCAUGCUCGUCUUAUGCUCUACGACCUCGACAAGCGUACUGUGCGCCAGCUGGAGAUUGGCAAUUGGCCAGAGGGGCGUACGCUGCACUCCCUCGGCCUCGGUCUCAAGGAGGAUGACAAUGGUGGUGCAAUCCUCGCAGUGGUCAACAUUGGGGCUGAUUUCACGGCGGUCGACAUGGUCCGCCUGGCUCCUCCAACUGAGCCCAACGACGGUGAUGGCCCAGCCCAUAUCACGGCCACCUACCUCCACUCGCUUGAGAACCCCAAGAUCACCACACCCAACGCGGUGGUCCCGCUCUCCGAAGACCAGGUUGUCGUGACCAACAGUUUUGGAUUCAGUCCCAAGACCCACAAGGUUCUCAACACUGUCGAAACGAUCCUCGCGAUCCCAGGAGGCAAAGUGUAUGCUCUUCGGAGAGCAGCCGGGUCGUUUCCAGGUAUCCAGUCAUCGUACGGCACGUUUGGCGCGCAGACCACGGCGACUUGCGAGCUCGUCGCCGAACGGUUCGCGUUGGCCAAUGGCAUCGCCGCGAGUCCAGACGGCCGCAUCCUCCUUGUUGCCGGAACCAACUCGGACGAUGUGAGCGUGUACGAUGUCGACCCGUCGGGUGCUGGCCCCGGCUCGGGGUCUGGUACCGGUGCGUUUGCGCCGCGCGUCCAUUUCCGCGAGACGCUUCCCGUCGGCUUCCUGCUCGACAACCUCCGCUACGUGCCCAAGGACGCCCAGGCCCAGCAGGCAGAGGGCUACACGUUCCUGGGUGCAGGCCACCCUGCCGGCCUGGACGUUCUCGCCGCGACAGAGUCAAAGGGCAAGAAACUCGCCGGCUCGCGCGUCGUCAAGAUUCACAUUCCUGUCCACCGCCCUCCGCCCUCGCUCUGGAGGUCAUUCACCAACGAGCUGUCGCGCUUGUUUACGCGGGUGCACAAGCGCGUCGAACUGGUGUUUGCCGACAGCGGCGAGCUGGUUAGCACCUCGGCGACGGCUGUGGCGUUUACGGGCAAGACGGGGACGGAGGUGCUGGUGACUGGUGUAUGGGACGGGCGUGGGCCAGUACACCUGACAAGCGUGGACGUUUAG